GUCAGUUGUGUUUGAGUAGCACGGGAGCGUUAGCACAGCAACUUGUCUCCGGAUUGUAUCGGCGGCUCAAAAGAGGACGAGACAGACUCGUUGCCGCCGUUUAGAAACCCCAACGGCGGCGGCUCCCCUCCUCCAUCUGCGUCUCCAUCUCCUUGAAACGGCGAGAAGUCUUGCGCUCCGUCGCCGACGCUAUGGAUCUCCUGAAGCGGGAGCUGGAGAAGAAGCGGAAGGCGGCGACGGCUGACUUCGGCGGCAAGAACUUCGUCCGGCGGUCGGAGCUGGAGGAGAAGCAGCUGCAGAAGCGACGCCAGAUCCCCGGCAAGGCUCCGUCCGUGCCCUCCCCCAACUCCGCCGCCUCCGACCAUAACAACUCCAACGCCGACCCUACCCAGGCCGGGGGCGCGAACCCUAACCCUAGCUCCUCCUCCGCCGCCGCGGCCGUCCCACCCGCCCUCGCGGGGAAGAAGGCCGUGCCGGAGGAUGCACUCCACUCCGAGGAGCGCCGCAUCGAUGAGCUCGUCCUCCCGCGGAACGAGGUGAUGCGGCGCCUUCGCGUGCUUCGCGAGCCUGUCACGUUAUUCGGGGAGGACGACGCCGACCGCCUCGAUCGCCUCAAGCUCGUGCUCAAGUCCGGAGCAAUCGACGAUAUCGACGACCUUGAGAUGACCGAGGGGCAGACCAACGACUUCCUCCGUGACAUGAUUGAGCUCCGCAUGCGGCAGAAGGCUGGUCGAGAUACCUAUGUCAAGGGCAAGGGGAAACGUGGCGGCGGUGAUGGUGGCGAGGGUGGUGCCCAGGGAGAAGGCGCUGAUGAUGGUGAUGGCGACGCCCGGAGAAGUGGGGAUGAUGCUGAUGCAGACAAGGACUCCAAGCGAAUGAAGACCAAGUUUGAGGAGCUUUGUGACGAAGACAAGAUCUUAGUGUUCUUCAAGAGGCUGCUCAACGAGUGGAACCAGGAGCUGGAUGAUAUGACUGAGCUGGAGAAGCGGACGGCAAAAGGGAAGUCGAUGUUUGCAACAUUCAAGCAGUGUGCGCGUUAUCUCAGUCCCCUGUUCGAGUUCUGCAGGAAGAAGGUUCUUCCGGAUGACAUCCGUAAAGCAUUGCUCUUUAUUGUUGACUGCUGCAUGAAGCGUGAUUAUUUGCAAGCAAUGGACCAAUACAUCAAGCUGGCCAUUGGCAAUGCGCCGUGGCCUAUUGGAGUCACUAUGGUUGGUAUCCACGAGCGUUCUGCCCGUGAGAAGAUCUACACAAAUAGUGUGGCUCAUAUUAUGAAUGAUGAGACCACUCGAAAGUACCUUCAGUCGAUCAAGAGGCUUAUGACCCUUUGCCAGCGCCGUUAUCCUGCUCUGCCCUCCAAAUCAGUGGAGUUCAACAGCCUGGCAAAUGGGAGUGACUUGCAGGCUCUUCUAUCGGAGGAGAAGGAUCCUGGAAAAGCUCCUUCUGAGGAAAGGCUCAGGCUCAUGCCAGCAUCAAAAGAAUGAUGCUUCAACCAACAAGCCUGGAUCACGACUAGAAAGUUUGAGAUCUUUGUGUAAUAUGGAUGCCAACUUUUUCUGUAAACGUUUCCAUUUUUGUACUGAUGUAUAACAGCAGAAGAAUCAUGUAGUCAAAUUGCUAAAGAAGCUUUAUUAUCUGUU